UCUCAGAUUUAGUUUCUCUCCUCCUCCUGCAAGGUAGAAAGAAUGUGAACUUGAGAAGAUGGCAACGCCAAACCUGAUUGCGUACACCUACUUUUUUAUCUUCCUUCCUUUUACUUCUUCAGAAAGUGGCUCUGGGUCCGAAACACCUAUAGGAUAUGGUACUUGUGCAGACGAUGAGCAAGAAAACAGCUUUAAGUGUUUCCUUCAAAUGCUAGGACUGCUAACCAAUUUCUUAAUUUGUGAGGCUACUGGGACAGAGAUGAACCUGAAUGAGGCGAACGCCCAUUUUUCUGUGUAUGGGACUCAACCCCGGUCCUGCUUCAUGAAAAAUCCCCUUGUCGCCAAUUGUUCUAUAUACAGCACUGAUCUGAUUGGUUCUUUGGACAUUUGCUUGACAAUAACUUUGACCAAUCCUUGCAAAAAUUGCCAGAAAUUGAAAGCUGUUCAUUGGGUUAAACCUGAAGCACCUUAUGGUCUGAAUAUCACCUACCAGGAACAAGCACAUGAGUAUCUUGUUCAAUUCUCAACGCCACAUAUGGCAAACUCAUUCCUUAAAGACAAAUUAAUACACCAGUUAGCCUACCGACAAGAAAAUACAGACUGGACUACCACCGAAUCUGAUUUUGUUAGAUUAAAACUUCUGGGGCAGUUAUUUGAGCCAAAUGUAAUGUAUGAGAUGAAGGUUCGGUCAAGGCCCAAUGGAGAUUAUUUCGGAGGCUACUGGAGUGACUGGAGUUCAUCCCAAAAUUUCACCACUUCAGCCAGAACAUCAAGCGGAAUAAAGCUAAGAUUCCAUUCCUUGGACAAAGUUGUCCUGAUAACUGUAUCCAUUGCAAGCUUCUUCGUCCUUUUUAUUGUAAUUCUUCUGGUCCCAAUAUUUUGGAAAAACAGGAUCAAAGCCAUUGUUUGGCCCACCAUCCCUAACCAUCAAAAAACUCUGGAUAAAUUCUGCAACAAACUAAGAAAGACCUCCAACACCAGUUUCUUUAACGCUGAGAGUUUGGGAUAUGCUGACAUCCAUAAGGUGGAGAGCAUUCAGGCUAAAUCAGAAGCUGCCCACCUUCAGCCCCCAUCGUGUAGCCUGGAGGCAGAGACUGAGGAUUUGGUGGAACCAAAAAGUAACUUGAACCAUAUUCAUCAUGGAUGGUUGAAGCUCCCUCUGGCAUAUGAAGGAAUGUUGUCAACAGAGGAGAAGGCCACGCUCUACAGUGGAAGUGAAGACACCUCUGAUGAUCAUUCGGUCCUCAGCAUCAAUCUAUACAAUGAGGGCAGAAUGGCUGACCAACAUGGCUGGAAUAGCCAGGAUCUGUGUAAAUAUUCCAUUCUCCCAAUGGACCACAUUUUCCCCCCUGAAUUAAAAGCAGGCUCUUGUGACCACACUUAUUCCAAUGGGAAGACCAGGGUAUUAAAUAAAGAAGAAACCUACAUCACAAUGGCAAGCUUUUUUGAAAACAAGGGGAAAUUAUGAAAUUAAUACAUUAAAAGAAUAUUAUUCCCAGGGGGCAUUUCUAGGUGUAACACAGGGUUAUAACUUCUGUUACUUUUCCUUCUUCCAAUGCUGAUUUUCAGCAUCGAUUUGCAGAUUAAAAAAAAGACUGUAAAAAGUUUUCCUUUAAAAUGAAAUUCUCUUGCAGUCAAAAAAAAAAAAAAAA